AGGGCGGCUGCGGUCGCGGUGGCGGCGACGGCGGUGGCGGCGGCGGCGGCGGCGGCGGGAGAAGAUGGUGGCGCUGGAGGUAGGAGCGUCUGGAGUGGAGCUUUAUUCCCAGGCUUGGCACCAACGUUGUCAUUAGCGUUGCCUGCUCCCGCGGGCCCGCGGACCCAGCUGUCAAGCAAGUGGGCCGCUGGCUGAGAGGGGCAAAUGAGAGAUAAAGGGCUACAGGAAAGUGAGCCGGGUGGAGCAAAAUGAGCUCGCAGUGAGCCAGCCCAGCCUCUCUCCCAGCCGACCCCGACGCCCACCAUGAACCACUUGGAAGGGGCCGCGGAGGUGGAGAUGACCGACGAGGCGGCAGGCGGCGAGGUGAACGAGUCGGUGGAGGCCGACUUGGAACACCCCGAGGUGGAGGAGGAGCAGCAACAGCAGCAACGCUAUGCGGGCCGCCCCCCGCGCGGGCGCGCCGUCGAGGACCUCUGCGCCCAGCCCGGGCAGCAGCAGGAGGAAGAGGAGCGCGGUGAGUGCCUGGCGCGCUCGGCCAGCACUGAGAGCGGCUUCCACAACCACACGGACACGGCCGAGGGCGACGUGAUCGCCGCGGCCCAGGACGGCUACGACGCGGAGCGCGCGCAGGACCCCGAGGACGAGAGCGCGUACGCCGUGCAGUACCGGCCCGAGGCGGAGGAAUACACGGAGCAGGCGGAGGCCGAGCACGCCGAGGCCACGCACCGCCGCGCGCUGCCCAAUCACCUGCACUUCCACUCGCUGGAGCACGAGGAGGCCAUGAACGCGGCGUACUCGGGCUAUGUCUACACGCACCGGCUCUUCCACCGCGGCGAGGACGAGCCCUACGCCGAGCCUUACGCCGACUACGGGGGCCUGCAGGAGCACGUGUACGAGGAGAUCGGGGACGCGCCCGAGCUGGACGCGCGCGACGGCCUGCGGCUGUACGAGCAGGAGCGCGACGAGGCGGCGGCGUACCGGCAGGAGGCCCUGGGCGCGCGGCUGCACCACUAUGACGAGCGCUCAGAUGGCGAGUCCGACAGCCCGGAGAAGGAGGCUGAGUUCGCGCCCUACCCGCGCAUGGACAGCUACGAGCAGGAGGAGGACAUUGACCAGAUCGUGGCCGAGGUCAAGCAGAGCAUGAGCUCUCAGAGCCUCGACAAGGCGGCAGAGGACAUGCCCGAGGCCGAGCAGGACCUGGAGCGCGCCCCCACCCCGGGCGGGGGUCGCCCCGACAGCCCUGGGCCGCAGGCGCCAGCGGGGCAGCAGCGGGCGGCAGGCAGCGCGGGCGGCGAGGUGGUGCAGCGGUACAGCAAGGAGAAGAGGGAUGCCAUCUCGCUGGCCAUCAAAGACAUCAAGGAGGCCAUCGAGGAGGUGAAAACCAGGACCAUCCGUUCGCCUUACACCCCCGACGAGCCCAAAGAGCCCAUCUGGGUCAUGCGCCAGGACAUUAGUCCCACCAGGGAUUGUGACGACCAGAGGCCGGUGGAUGGAGAUUCUCCAUCUCCAGGCAGUUCCUCACCCCUGGGUGCAGAGUCUUCGAGCACUCCCCUUCAUCCCAGUGACCCCGCGGACGCCUCCACAAAUAAAGAGUCAAGAAAAAGCUUGGCUUCAUUCCCAACCUACGUUGAAGUUCCUGGACCCUGUGACCCCGAGGACUUGAUCGAUGGAAUCAUUUUUGCUGCCAAUUACCUCGGCUCCACCCAGCUGCUCUCAGACAAAACUCCCUCCAAAAACGUGCGCAUGAUGCAGGCACAGGAGGCAGUGAGCAGGAUCAAGCAGAUGGCCCAGAAAUUAGCCAAAAGCAGGAAGAAGGCUCCCGAAGGUGAAUCUCAGCCCAUGACCGAGGUAGACCUCUUCAUUUCUACCCAGAGAAUCAAAGUAUUGAAUGCCGACACGCAGGAGACAAUGAUGGACCACCCUCUGAGGACCAUUUCCUACAUCGCAGACAUCGGGAACAUCGUUGUCCUGAUGGCCCGCAGGCGGAUGCCCCGCUCCAAUUCCCAGGAGAAUAUGGAAGCCUCCCACCCGUCGCAGGAUGGGAAAAGGCAGUACAAGAUGAUCUGCCACGUCUUCGAGUCUGAGGACGCCCAGCUGAUUGCACAGUCCAUCGGGCAGGCGUUUAGCGUGGCGUACCAGGAAUUCCUCAGGGCCAACGGGAUUAACCCCGAAGAUCUCAGCCAGAAGGAGUACAGUGACCUGCUCAACACCCAGGACAUGUACAACGAUGACCUGAUCCACUUCUCCAAGUCGGAAAACUGCAAAGAUGUCUUCAUAGAGAAGCAGAAAGGGGAGAUCCUAGGUGUGGUGAUUGUCGAGUCUGGCUGGGGAUCCAUCUUGCCAACUGUGAUCAUAGCCAACAUGAUGCACGGAGGACCAGCAGAGAAAUCGGGGAAGCUGAACAUCGGGGACCAGAUCAUGUCCAUAAACGGCACCAGCUUGGUGGGCCUGCCUCUCUCCACCUGCCAGAGCAUUAUUAAGGGCUUGAAGAACCAGGCCCGAGUCAAGCUGAACAUCGUGAGGUGUCCCCCGGUGACUACUGUGUUGAUCCGGAGACCAGACCUCCGCUACCAGCUGGGGUUCAGCGUCCAGAACGGAAUUAUCUGCAGCCUCAUGCGAGGGGGAAUAGCAGAGAGAGGAGGCGUCCGUGUGGGACAUCGCAUCAUUGAGAUCAAUGGGCAGAGCGUGGUCGCCACCCCGCACGAGAAGAUCGUCCACAUCCUCUCCAACGCCGUGGGGGAGAUUCACAUGAAGACGAUGCCGGCUGCCAUGUACAGACUGCUGACGGCCCAGGAGCAGCCCGUGUACAUCUGAGGCCGCGCACCCACCGGGCGCAUGCAUGGAGGACUCUCCUCACUUGUGGUUGUGUUUCUCGUGCUGCAUCUGUGUGCCCACUGAGACGUUCCCCUCUCGUGCCCAGCACUCCGUUUCACGCAGGAAGAAAAGAAUCCAGAGACCUGCCUCUCUGCUCUCGUCUCUCUCUGGUUUGCUUUUUUUUGUGUUUUAAUACCAGGGAAGUUUUGUAUGCUCUCCCUUGGGACUGGAGAGCAGCCAGUGUCCACCUGGAGUCGGCCUGGGACCACCCUGAAGGGCCCUUAUGGGGGAGGGUUCCCGAGGAGGGUUGUCACUGCCCAGGAAGAGGGGUGCAGACCUCUUAUCAGGAGCCCCUGGCAGCGGUGAGGAAGCUGAUUGAGCAGUGCCUACAAUCCAGCCGCUGAUCUCUGCUCUUGUCCAGUCAGUCUCCGGGAAUAAGGUAGUAACGGGGGACCAGCCUGUGUCUUUACGGAUGUGCCCGCCCACCGCGUACUUGGGGCACCCCACGUUAUUUCCACCCAGAACUUCUGAGCCAACCUUAUGCCUCUUCUGCGGCUUGUUUUAGUUUCAACACGGUUGUGUUUUCUAACAUGAGCCUUUUCACCCAAGAAUAGAAGAGGAGCGACCUUGGACAAGGAUGCCAUCGCGUUGCAGAGAGCUAGGCCCUUCCCGGGUGUCCGAGGCCACCCUAGGUUGUCCCGGGUUACCAACAGCUAGACACACACACAGGCAGGCGCUCUCUGCUGCCGCCGCCUACGCCACGCAGGCGCCACAGUCUCACUUGCACCUGCUUCGCCCUUCCUCCCCCCCCCACCAGCCCCCCGCCACCAGCGAGGCCCACGCCGCCCGAGGCGCCCCUGCUGCAGCGGGCGGCCCGCAGGGCUGUGAGCCCCGUCCUGAGAGUGAGGCUGAGGCCUAGCCCUGCCAGCACCGCCGGGGCUCCAAGUGUUCUACUGGGACUCCCCUUGCACCCCCACCCAACAUACACACACACACACACACGGAGUCUGGGAAGGACAGGCCGCUCCCCUCGAGGACAAGGGUCCAGGCGUAAUCUUGUUCUGCUCCCUGGCCCAAGGUGGGACCAGCCUUCUCUGCUCAGGACCACUGAGCAGGCUGUGACAUUGGGAAGGCCCCAACAGUCCAUACACCACCAAACUAAGGGCACAAUCAUGACCUAAAGCGAUGCCUAAGAAUCCCCAUAUGUGCUCCAGAAACAUCUUGCUGCCGCUUGGGGCUGAAGCAGCUUUUACUUGGCGUGGAACGUAUGUGUCUUCAUCAGGUGCCUCACAGUCCUGGGUUUUUGUCUCUGUUCAGUGCAGAUGUUUUAGUAAUAUGAUUCUGAGCCAGUUUUCGCUUAUCCUUGGUCCAAAGAGCAUUUUGUUUUCACAUGGGUUGGGCGUGGCUUGGUUUGGUUUUUGUUUUGUUUUGUUUGUGACCUCAGCAGAGACAGGGGAAGAGAAACUAAUAUAUUUUGUGAUAUUAAUAUAGUCCCUGUUCUCUACAACUGGGAUAUUUAUGUUGUGUCUGGAAAUAGAAGUCUAGUGAGCCUGUGCUGGGUGGUAUGUAUGUAUACACUGAGUGGAGGGAUUUGGGGGAGGGAGAAAAAUAAGUAUGAAAAGAUUAGGAACAAGAGACUGCCACCAGAGAGCUGUGCGGUCAGUGCCCCCAGGAUCUCUGUACCGUCUGAGUUUUCUGCUUAGAGUCAGGAAAGCCGUUUGUUUCAGCGGCAUCUGUGGCUGGACUCUCCGUGUGACUGUGGUACAAGCCCUGCUGAGAGGGCCCCUUCUCCAGGAGUCCAGGGUGGGCAGUCUGGGCCCCCUGGACUUCUGGGGAGGAUGCUGAGCUGAGUGCUGCUGGGAGACCAGCCCCAAGGACGACACAGCACACAUGUGAGGAGCCAGGACACCGGUUCUUAGGUCAGCAGACUGUAGAGUGUCUGAUGAUGUAUUAAAUAAUAAAGAAUUAUAAGUUCAUCUUUCCUUUGCCAAAAAGAGAGUGGGUAAGACAGGUGUGAAGCCAUCUUGGUACUGCAGGCACCAGGAGCCUUGGGAAGUCACUGGCAGGGCUUGUGCCGCCUGCUCCCAGGGUGAGCACUCGCACUGCCUGCCUGAGCACCUCCCGGGCAUCCUCCCACAUGGUUCCAAGGAGGAAUCUUCACCCAAAGGAGAGAGGAGGCAGAACACAGUUGCUACCGAACGGUAAUCUUGGGAAGUUUGACAGGCAUUGAAAAGGCCAACUUGGUAAACUCUCCUAGAAGACUAACAUUUUAGAAUAAGAUUAUCACCACAUACCUUUGUUUUAAUAAAAGUGACGGCUCACACCCAGAGCGCGAACGUUUCUACAGCUCAGUCCAGGUUCUCUUCCCUGCCCCCAGUGGACGGAGGGAGUGAACCUGCCUUCGGAAGUUAACCAAGGAGGCAGAAUCUUAGUAGUGACUCUGUUUUUGAAAGUCCCACAAGAUGUGGUGGCCUGUUUCCUUUCUGACAUCCCAGUAUAUAUAGUUAUGUAUGUAAAUCCCUGAAAACCCUGGGUACUGGGGAAGACUCUAACAGGGCAGCCUUCCCAAACAUGGCCUGGGCAAAAAGCCACACAGCUAGGACCUGCUGGUGACUCUGCUUUGGGGACAGAUUCCCAGUUCCGUCUACCCCUCCUGGUCCAGCCAGGAUGCACCAGAACCCACUCUGCCUCCUUAAACGUGAGCAUUUCAGGGAGCCACCAUCAGCCUUGGGUUCAUGAGAGACCCAGCCCCAAGAGACUCAUGCCUAGAGCCUGCUCCCCUCACCAGAGUGGCUCCUCUGGGCCUGGAACCCCUCGCGGGGCGCCAGACCCCACCUCCCUGCAGCCGAGUCUGAACAUGGCCCACGCACACCUGCCUCAGAGUCCCAGAGUAACCUACUACCUCCCACCUCACUCCCGCCACCCCCACACCCCUGUUCACACCUAACACACUGAUGAAACCCACCCCUGAGCCCUUCUCGGGUCCCUCAACCCAGCGGUGAGGCUGUUACCAAUGUUUACAACCAAGGGCACCUCCUCUUAGGUGUGUUCACUCUCCCCCUUACAAGGCCACUUGCUGGUUUGAGUUUCACGUCUGUCUGCUCCUGCCCUGGGUGAGGCUGACCUGAGCGCACACAGCCCGGAUUUGACGUCCCAGCCCUCCAUCAAGGCAGCUGUGAGGACUGGGCUGGGGGGGAAGGAAAUUCCUUGUACAUACUCAGCACAGCCCCGGAGUAUGAACUUGUACUAUUGUUCUGUAAAGAGGGUGAAAUAGAGCUUAUUGUAAAGCGUUGGGAGAAGUAUAGUAUUGUAUUUGUAACAAUAUGGUUCUUUGUAUACACAGAACUCAAUGAUCUCUAUAUAUAAAUAUAAAUAAAUAUAUAAAUAAGAUAUAUAUUCACGUGAGCCUGGAACGUGGACGCCGCACACCCACUGAAUGUACUUCCCGACAGUCUGGUCACCGGGCUGGCCCGCCCUCCCCUCCUCCAUACCGUUUUGGGGGUUGUGAUGUAUUUAAUGUGUUACCUUCCUUUAUUUAACUGAACGCUAAUGUCUGUAAGAGUUGCCUCAACAAUAAACAAGAACAUCACCUCUUGGCCCUGGCUGAGUGUC